AUAAAACAGAUAAAGUUUAACUUGUACAUACUUUUACUAGAACAAGUUUGAGAAAUAUAUUAACCCUUCAAAGAAAGAUAGGCCAACAUUCCCGACCCAAAGUUUUAAAGUUGACCUACCGUCGACUCGUUAAAGCAAUGAGAAAAAAAUAAUGCAGGUCCCGACAAGCUAGACCAUUAUAGAAGGUGGGGGGGAGGCAAACUUAGAUUUCCAUGGGCAUGGGAUGGGGGAUAAUCCCAUCUGAUCGGGGCGGUCGGGGCGGUCGUACCUGGCAGAAAAAUAAUUAUUAUCGAUUCUUCUCCAAUCGUUAUCAGUUCGCAAGUACAAACCAACCAGCUAGCUCUACAUGUGCCCGUCGCAUCUCGAUAGGUAUCGUUGCUCUAAAGGUUACGUGCCUGCUUAGUCUGUCAUUUAUAUCCCGCGCACGAUGAACGGUCUUCCUGGAGCCGGAGCCGGAGCCGGAGCCGGCGCUGCCGGAGGCGUCGAUCCAAAUGAUCCUAAUAUUAAGAGGUUAAACGCCAUGAUGGAGUCGUGCUUUGGCAAGGCUGCUGUCUCCGGUGUUAUGGGUUUCGGUAUGGGCGGUCUGUUUGGAAUGUUCAUGGCUUCUAUGGCCUACGACACGCCCUUCCACACGCCCGGCUCCGCGGGCGCCGCCCCAACGCCCAUCGCGUCCCUGCCCUGGCGCCAGCAGCUCAAAGUCGGGUUCAAAGACAUGGGAUCGCGAUCCUACAGCACGGCCAAGAACUUCGGGCUGGUGGGCCUGAUGUUCGCGGGCAUCGAGUGCGGCAUCGAGGGGUACCGCGCCAAGAACGACAUGUACAACGGCACGGCGGCCGGGUGUCUGACGGGCGGCAUCCUAGCGCGGGGCGGGGGCCCGACGGCCGUGGCCGGCGGGUGCGCUGCGUUCGCGGCGUUUAGCGCCGCGAUCGAUGCGUGGUUGAGGGCGCCCAAGGACGACGAAUAAAUAAACAAGCAAACCAGGACGUCUUUACGCACGCGGGAAAGAUAUGAAAAUGAAAAUGGGGUGUUGUGUAGUGCAGUGUAAUUGUGAAAAUCGGUUCCGUGGUAUGGCGUUGGGUCGGGUGCAUAGGAUUCACGGCGUUAUGGUUUACGCGGAUCUAUGCAUACAUACAUACAUGCAUACAUGGGUAGAAAGGGGGCAUACAUUCUCCACUUAGGGUCUUGACAUGUAUAGAAGAUAUGAUAGAGCGGUUGCUGAUACCGCUUGAUGAAGGAUGAGCUAUAGUCGUCCAUGAUAGAGUAAUGUCAAUAACGAUCAUCA